AUGCCUGAGCAUGCCAAAAGCGACGAUGUCGUGUCAGCAGCAAUCACACCCCAGGCGCAGACUGUGGAGAGAGGCACAGAUUGGGAGACGGGGACGCUACAACCUUCUGGUCUACUCAAUCAUGUUGCCACCGAGGGCAGAUUCAGCCUUCAGAGUAUCCUCAGUCCUCAGGGGUCGAAUGUCUCGGAUGUGCUAAACGAGAAUAUUUGUUCUACUUUUUCGCCAGAAGACCCUGUGCAACUUGGCCAUAUCAAUCUCUCAAUUGCCGAGUCGUUGUUUGAUAACUUUAUCAAAGUGCUGAACCCAUAUAUAAGCCAGCUGGACCCAGUUCUUCAUACGUUCAACUACGUUAGGAGGCGGUCGUCCUUCCUCUUUACUGCGAUCCUCGCGGCUGCAGCAAAGUCUUUCAACACUGCAUUGUAUCAGAGUCUACAUGAUUAUGCCGAAAGUCUUCUGGCCAAUACUUUUCGACUCGGAAGAAAAUCCAUCGAGAUUGCACAAGCUGUGCUCAUCCUCACUUACUGGAAAGAACCCGAGGAUACUCGUGCUUGGAUAUUUCUUGGGUACACCAUACGCAUGGGCAUGGACUUGGGCUGGCACAGGCUAGCACCGUAUCCUUCCUGCGACCAGCUCACAUUGAGCGAGGCUCAGAAACGCGAGACACGUAAUGUGCAGAGGACGUGGUACAUUCUCUUUGUCUACGACAGGAGUAUCAGCUUACAAACUGGCAAGCCAUGGAUGAUUGAGCGUAGCACGUUUAUCGAAGCAAUCGAGUCGUGGUGUAGAGACCCAUUAGCCACUGACAAUGAUCGGUUGCUUGGGGCCUUUGUCACUCUGCGCCUCCUGAGCUCUGAGGUUUUCAAGUUGCUUGGACCCAAGUCCUCUCGAGUAUUGAGUGGUCCUCUGCACAGUAUAGAGUCUCUUCUUGCUAUUAUCAAGAUCCGUAUCGAGGAGUGGGAGCAAAGAUGGAUACACUGCCUCUUGAAGUCUGACAUGAUAUAUUCAGAGACUUGCCAUCCAUUCUUGAUACGCUUCUACGGCACCCAUUUGAGGCUCCAGUUGUUUUCUCUGCCACUGCAAGAAAUAUUGGCUUCGUCGGACCCGGAUAUCUCAACAAAUCUCGAGGUAUUGUGGGUGAGCUAUUCAAGUGCCCUUGAGAUGCUACAAUUGAUCAACCGGUCAACAUCGUUUCUCUAUUUUGCUCAAGAUUCAAUCCAUGUCAUGACAGCGUACAGUGCAGCGUUUCUUAUCAAGCUCCUUUUAUCUACACCUGAGAGUAUCGCAUGUCAAAUAGAGCAUCAUGUCACCGCGGCCAUUAAUACGGCAGCCCGCAUCUUCUCGCAGCAAGCUUCUCCCCCUGGUUCGAGUUGCACGCUGCAAGCCAAGUUUCUCGAAAAAAUCAUGUCCGAUUUUGAGGCGCGCAGGCAGGAGCAAAGGCUUCAACCGAGCCAAAGUCGUCCUUUGGGCGAUGAUCCCCAUACAAGGAUCAAUGUCACACUGCUAGAUGAGAGCGGGACCUCUCGACCGACAGAUGCCCUGGGAAAUGGAGUGACCAGUAUCGACGAUACACUACAAGCCGAGCGAAAUGGAUCACAGUCAGUGAGGCAAGAGUUUUCCUUUGCCGAAGACGAUAUUUGGGCCGAUAUGUUUGCAAGCGCUGGGUUCAAUAUUCAAGAGGGAGUCUUCUUUGCAUAA